AUGGAGACGAAGGGGAGCACUCUGCAGACGCCUGCUGGCGCCGAGGCGGGAAAACACGCUGGCGCGCAUGCAGCCGCAAACUACUCGGACCAAGUCGACCAGAAUGAGCAAGUCCGCCUCCUAAAUAGACUCGCCAACGCAGAGGGGAGCUCGCAGGUGAAGCAAGACGCCGUCCUCGCCAACCCGCCUGACUGGAAGAUCCUGGAGAAGGCCGGCUUCCUCCCCGCGGGGCUUUCCGCAGUACUCACGAAGAUCAAUCCUCUCUGCCUCGACGACUUCGCGGAGAUGUUCGCAGCUGAUCCUGAUCUCGUUCGUGCGCUGAUUGGCUUGGUUCGCCUCGAGGGAGAUCUGCGCCCUGUGCAGUAUGUCCUCACGAUCCUCUGCGAAAUCGUUCGAGACGACACGAGCAAGUAUGAGGCGCUGUGCGCCGCUGUGAAGGAGAGCGAAGUUUUUGAGGCCUUCCGCCAGCUCCUGGAGACGCCGAAUCUCGAAUCGUACACGGCCGACAGAGCUGCGUUUCUUCUUUCUGGACUCAUGUGCCGCGCUCGCACGGGCACCUUCUCAGAUGACCAACUGCAGUAUUUGAUUCAAGGCUUGCUUCAUGGGCGUGCGGCGAAUAAGUUCCUCCUCAGUGAGGGCGGGCGACUCGACGCGUUUGUGAACCUCCUCAAAAUCGAUCGCUACCGCCCGAUGAUUUGGCACUGCCGCGGCUUCCCAGAGUUGAUCCUUCGCAACCUGUCGCUGUCUCUUCCGGCGAGCGUGCUGUACAAAGCGAUGUUCUGUACUUGGCUUCUCACCUUCCACGACGCAUUCCUUCCGCUGCUCAACGACAAAGGCAUCGUGCUUGCGGUUUGCGUCGUCUUGAAGGAAUCCAGAGUCGAAAAAGUCAUUCGCGUUGGCCUCGGCGUUCUGAACAACCUCCUCAAGUGCGACUCGUCUGUGGAGACCAUCAUCGAGCAGAACGUCGCUCAGGUUUUGGCGCUCCUUGAGUUUGAGAAAUGGAGAGACGCAGACAUGUACGACGACAUCCGCGUCGCGACGUCGCACUUGGAGCAGAAAAUUCGACAGUUCAACAACUUUGACCGAUACUGCAACGAACUUGAAAAGGGCAAACUCACGUGGUCGGUGCUGCACUCAGAGAAGUUUUGGCGAGAGAACGUGAUGGCCUUCGAGAACGACGAGUUCAAGGCAAUCAAGAAACUUGUGAAGCUUCUGGACACCUCGGAGGACAAGACAACGCUCGCCGUCGCGUGCUACGACCUGGGCGAGUUCGCGAGGCUUCAUCCGGCUGGAAAAAAGGUUUGCCAGCAGCUGAAGGUGAAGGAUCGGGUGAUGCUGUUCAUCAGCCAUAAGGAUCGCGAAGUCGCCGGAGAGGCGCUGCUCUGCGUGCAGAAGCUCAUGUUGAACAACUGGCAAGACGUCGCGGAGCAACCGAAGAAAUAA